CCACAGGUGUGGAGGGGCAGGCCACCCCUUCAGGCAGGGCUGGGGGCUUUGAGGUCCAGGUGUGGCUGUGUGAAAGCCCCCAGGCUGGUGUGCAUGCCUGCCCAGUCCUGCGCGUAUCCUAACACCUGCCCUCCGUGCCUCUGCGCCCGCAGGCCAUGUCGAAGGACGCCGUGAAUCUGGUGCAGAUGCAGGAGCCGAUGUUGCAGCCGGAGCAACAGUCCAAGCUCAAACAACUUGUCAAUGAGGAGAACUUACGGAAGCAGGAGGAGUCGGUGCAGAAGCACCAUCAGACCUUCUUGGCGUCCAUCAGGACGGCUGUCACCGUGUUUGGGGAAAGAUUCCGUGCCUUUGUGACAGAGCGGGACACAGUGACAGCCACGGUAAACACGCGUGUCCCGGGCAGGGCUGGCAGGUGGCUGUGGGGCAGCUUGUGGGGGCCUCCUGGAACCCCGGUGGGAUUCCGGUUCCUGUGCUGCCAGCACACAGCCCUGUGCUUCUCCCUUGGGCGGAGAGAGGGUGGGGCAGCCCCGUGCAUUUCCCGCUCUAGGAGGGAGGGAGGGUGGGGCAGGCACGCCAGUGCGGUGUCUCCGCUGCAGGUGGUUGGGCUGACGCUGCUGGCUGGCGGGGUCUACUCUGCCAAGAAUGGGACAGCCGCGGCGGCCCGCUUCAUCGAGGCUCGGCUGUGGAAGCCAUCCCUGGUGAGCGAGACGUCCCGCAUCACGGUGCUGGAGGCGCUGCAGCACCCCUUCCAGGUCAGCCGGCGGCUCCUCCGUCGGCCCCAGGACGUGCUGGAGGGUGUUGUGCUGCAUCCCAGCCUGGAAGUGCAGGUGCGCAACGUGGCCAUAGCAACAAGGAACACGAAGAAGAACCACGGCCUGUAUAGGAAUGUCCUGAUGUACGGGCCGCCAGGCACCGGGAAGACGCUCAUUGCCAAGAAUCUCGCCCUGAACUUGGGCAUGGACUACGCCAUCACGACAGGCAGGGACGUGGCCCCCAUGGGGCGGGAAGGCGUCACCGCCAUGCACAAGCUGUUUGACUGGGCCAAUACCAGCCGGCGCGGCCUCCUGCUUUUCAUGGACGACGCGGACGCCUUCCUUUCGAAGCCAGCCACUGAGGAGAUAAACGAGGAUCUCAAAGCCACCCAGAACGCCUUCCUAAACCACAUGAAGGAUCGCAGCAACAAAUUCAUGCUGGUCCUGACCAGCCGCCACCCCGAGCAGUUACACUGGGACAUCCACGACCGCAUCGAUGUGAUGGUUCACUUCGACCUGCCCAGGCUGGAGGAGCGGGAGCGCCUGGUGAGAAUGUAUCUUGACAAGUAUGUUCUUAUCCCGGCAACAGAAGGAAAACAGCGCCUGAAGCUGGCCCAGUUUGACUAUGGGAGGAAGUGCGAGGAGAUCGCUGAGCUGACGGAGCACAUGUCGGGCCGGGAGAUCGCACAGCUGGUUCAGUCCUGGCAGGACACGGCGUAUGCCUCCGACGAUGGAGUCCUCACCGAGGCCAUGUUGGAUGCCCGUGUUGAAGACUUUGUCCAGCAGCACCAGCAGCAAAUGCGCUGGCUGAAGAGGGAGGGGCCUGGGCCAGUGGAUGAGCACCCCUAAUCCUGAGUCCACAGUGAGACCACAACUCACGGAGCCUGGCCGUGGACCCCUCCCACCCCUGCCUUUCCGGCCCUGCACAUUUAGGAAAUGCUCCCCCUAAUAAAAGUCCCACAGGUGCCGCA